AUGUCUUCUGUAGAAUUUGCGGCUGUUUCUGCAAAUAUUGUUCAGAGCAGGAAUAACUUUUGGACUACCUCUCGCGUGAAACUCGUAACAAGCCACAAGGCAGUGUUCGAAAAACCAGACUCCGCCAGAGAGGACGCCCAUUCGUGUUUCUUCGCGGGGACGCCACGAAUGUACUUCGGUAGAUUUCUUCGUCGUACUAGUAUCCCUAGCCAGUCCCCUCGGCCGCCUAUUCCGAAGUCGCCCGCGUUCGAGCCGCCGCGUGUUUCUUCUCAGCCAGCCGCCCCGACCUUCAAAUGCUCGGAUCGCCGAAGCUUGUGCGCCCUCUCCAGUUUCCUCCCUCUCUACUUCGUCGUCUUGUCUGCAUUGCGUAUUCACCAAUGGAUGUUUCAGGGCACUGCUCGAGCCAUGGCAGCUAUGAGUGGCACUGUGCAAAAACCCCCUGGUCUCCCGCGCCACAUGAGCUGGUCCGCGGGCAAGGCCAACAAAGAAACCAUUCUCGAGAAAAUCGGCCUGAUGCGAGGCGCCAAAUCCCCGGGCGCCGCUCGUCGCGCCGCCAACGCACGCAACUUAUCCUUCCUCACGCAAAAGCUCGCCAACGGCUCAUCCAGCAUCUACCAAAACGUGCCCAUCAAGAAGAAACCCCAAAAUGGCCACCAGCACCACCACAAGAAGCAACUGCACCCUGGCCCGCGCCAGAUCGGGGUGCCUGUGCGCCCUGCACCUGCUCCACCGGCGUUGCGAUCGCCGCAGGACGCCAAAUUGCCGCCAUUGCCGCCGGGUACUCGACCUCGUAGCCCGGGACCCUUGGGUCGUGUGAAUGGGAUGCUCUUGACGCAUAAGCCCGAACCUGAAUCCGUGUUGUCGUGUGCCUCGUCGUCUUGGAGCGAUGACGAGUCGACAUUUUCUAGCACGGCGGACUCGGCGAUCGAGCCCGAGGAAGAAGUGUACGUGGACUGUACUUCGUCUACGAUUUACUUGGGGAACUAUCGCGGCAGUUGUGGCAGUGAAAUCGACGCAUAUUCCAGCUAUUAUUCCACGGGCAGCUACAAGGGGUUGCAGGACUGUGCGAAAAAGCAUCCUUCGGGCUUUCACGCGGCGUUGAGAGUCAAAUAUUUUCACGAAGGAUGGGAUCGGGAGGAUCAAGAGCUCACUAUUUGUUUCGGAGAGGAAAAAGAAGUGUGUGAUGAAGGCACUGCUCGAGCCAUGGCAGCUAUGAGUGGCACUGUGCAAAAACCCCCUGGUCUCCCGCGCCACAUGAGCUGGUCCGCGGGCAAGGCCAACAAAGAAACCAUUCUCGAGAAAAUCGGCCUGAUGCGAGGCGCCAAAUCCCCGGGCGCCGCUCGUCGCGCCGCCAACGCACGCAACUUAUCCUUCCUCACGCAAAAGCUCGCCAACGGCUCAUCCAGCAUCUACCAAAACGUGCCCAUCAAGAAGAAACCCCAAAAUGGCCACCAACAGCACCACCACAAGAAGCAACUGCACCCUGGCCCGCGCCAGAUCGGGGUGCCUGUGCGCCCUGCACCUGCUCCACCGGCGUUGCGAUCGCCGCAGGACGCCAAAUUGCCGCCAUUGCCGCCGGGUACUCGACCUCGUAGCCCGGGACCCUUGGGUCGUGUGAAUGGGAUGCUCUUGACGCAUAAGCCCGAACCUGAAUCCGUGUUGUCGUGUGCGUCGUCGUCUUGGAGCGAUGACGAGUCGACAUUUUCUAGCACGGCGGACUCUGCGAUCGAGCCCGAGGAAGAAGUGUACGUGGACUGUACUUCGUCUACGAUUUACUUGGGGAACUAUCGCGGCAGUUGUGGCAGUGAAAUCGACGCAUAUUCCAGCUAUUAUUCCACGGGCAGCUACAAGGGGUUGCAGGACUGUGCGAAAAAGCAUCCUUCGGGCUUUCACGCGGCGUUGAGAGUCAAAUAUUUUCACGAAGGAUGGGAUCGGGAGGAUCAAGAGCUCACUAUUUGUUUCGGAGAGGAAAAAGAAGGUAACGAAUCAAAACGGGGAAUCGUGUUAUCGCGAGAAGCGACGGUCGUGGCGUCCGAGUGCGUUUCUGGACGCCGUAUGCCUUUCAUGGAAUACGAGGGCGCCCACGAAUGUCGAGGAUUCAAAGCCCCUAUAGAGAAGAAAUAUACCGCCUUGCUCUCGGAAUCUGUUCUUGUGCCCCCUCAGGGAAGCAGCAUUCCGAAUGACGGUGCUGUGCAACGAACGCUCACACCCUGGCCUGGGGGAAGGAAUGAACUUGAGGCCCGCAUGAGAGCCUGUGUGAUUGGGUUGCACAGCAAUAUGAUCGAUGCAGUGGUUCAUCGAUGCUCUUGUGAAUGCCCGCAAUCUGGAAGGAAUGUUGAUGCAGACAAAUUAGUUCAAGUGGCGGCUCAGUCGUUGAGGAUAAUCGCCUGGAAUUCUUGA